UCUCUGCUUGCCUCCUCUCAUCAAAUCUACACAUUCAAUCACCACUCACGGCAGCCGCCGAGCCUUUGAUCGCUAUUGGUGCGCCUAUUCAAGCGCGCUCACGGCGUUCGGUCAGUCUUUCUCACUCUGGCAGCGCACUGACUGCCCGUACUUUGCCGACCCUCCAGAGCUCUCCUCCUCUCCUCAACGCUGGACAGCAAAGAUCGCUUUCAACAGCUCUUAGUCUGCACCUUGAAAGUUCCCCCACUGACUUCACCGAAACAUGGCAGUGCCCAGACUCACCGCCAAGGAGCUGGACCAGCGCUUCAAGCGCGGCACGAAGACGGCUAUUGUCGCGCUGCGCAAUCUGGAUCACAUGCUACCCGGUCAGAAGGGAUGGAAAGGAAAGUUUGCGGACAGGAUGCUCCCAGCUAGAGCAAGGGGCAACAACAACUACGUGCAGCCGAAGGACAGGAUCAAAUUGUGGAACAUUGUUCCUGGAGAUGUGGUCAGAUAUAGGACCGGUGUCAAGCUUGCAAAAGAGGGAAGCGCGGAAUUGUGGAAAGGUCAGGCCACCGUGAAGCAAAUCGACAGGACGAGGAACUUGGCUUGGCUCGCGAACGUUGACAACCCGGGGGACAACCCAGCGACAAGUGAGAAGCGCAUCGUACCUCGCCAGAUGGGAGAGGACGGGCAAGUUGUAUGGUCAAACAACACGUUUCAGAUCAACAGGCCAGUGCAUAUCAGCAAUCUGCAGCUCGUCCUCCCGCAAGAGAUGGACCUUCCAGCGGGAUGCGGAAUCACGAUGGACGAGCUGAAAGAAGGCCGCGUCGCCACCCGCAUUUCAGGCACUGGCGCUAAGUGGAACAAAAAGCUGCAUCAGUUCACGUGGAAAAGGUUCGCAACCGUCAAGGCCAAAGAUGGCACAAACGUCAAAUUGCAGGUACCUUGGCCUCCUAACAAGAAUGCUCCCCGUAUCAUCUUGCAAGAUCUCACCACUGCCAGUGAUGCAGUGAAGUCGGAAUCAUGGAUUCCCUGGUAUCCCACUAAUCCCAUUCAUAUCUCGCGGCAUACAUGGCGAACGUCACCUCAGUCUGAAGCAAUGUUGCGCGCCCAGAAAGCAAUUCGAGAGACGCAGCCGCGGAUUCUAAGAAAACCCGGCUAUGCACCCUAUUUGCCUAUUAGGCAAGGCCCUCCACCUGUGGCACAGGCUCCUACUCCAGCGGAAGCUGUCACGCUCCGCCAAGCAGCGCAGAGAAAAUGGGCCUCGGAACACCCGGACAUGUCUGAAGGAAGAAGCUUCGCGUCGUCAGACUACCACAGCGUAGCACCGUUGGACGGGCCGGUGGCAAAUGGGGCGCAAUGGAGAUGGAUACCAGACAAGACGCCUUUUCAAGCUGGCGAAAGGAACGAAAACGGGAUCAGAAUUGGCAUCGCUGGAAAGGAUGAGAUCGACGCUUGGCCCAUCGAGCUUUUAAUGGAGAGAGAGCUGAGCCCGCCGAGGAGCUUGGCUAAACGUAUGAAGCAAUUCAACAUCUCCAAGCUCACCAAACAGGCCGAGCUCAAGAAGCAACAAGACAUCAUGAACAAGAAUUUGGAAGCCUUGCGCAACAUCGAGCUAUAGUCACGUGUCGAGCCUCCACACCGUUGAGUCGCAUCCAAUCCAUGCUUUUACCAUAU